UUUCUACCUUAGCUCUUUGAGGUUCUAGAGACAACCUGAUGGAUGAUAUUGAAAGGGCAGUGGAUGAUAGUGUAAAUACUUUCAAAGUUCUCAUAAGGGAUAAAUGUCUUGUACCUGGAGGGGGAGCAACAGAAAUUGAAUUGGCCAAACAAAUAACAUCAUAUGGAGAGACUUGUCUUGGUCUUGAACAAUAUGCUAUUAAAAAGUUUGCUGAAGCAUUUGAAGCUAUUCCACGGGCACUGGCAGAAAACUCUGGAGUUAAAGCCAAUGAAGUCAUUUCUAAACUAUAUGCAGUGCACCAAGAAGGAAAUAAAAAUGUUGGAAUAGAUAUUGAGGCUGAAGUUCCUGCUGUAAAAGACAUGUUGGAAGCUGGUAUCUCAGCUACUUACCUGGGAAAAAACUGGGCUAUUAAAUUGGCCACUAAUGCUGCAGUCACUGUAGUUAGAGUGGAUCAGAUCAUCAUGGCAAAACCAGCUGGUGGUCCCAAGCCUCCAAGUGGGAAGAAAGAUUGGGAUAAUGACCAAAACGAUUGAAUGGCUUCUUUUACUGUAGGUGAAGGUUAUAUUCGUAGUGUAGGACUUGCCUAAGUUUUCUUAUCUUCUUAAAUUAAGAAGUGUUGUGUUUAUAUCGUCAGCUGAAUAAAUGUUACU